AGGCUGCGGAAACAACCAACAUUCCUCGCAAAGUGAUAGGCUGAAAGGCUGCAAUUAUCACUAUUUGUUGUCCUGCAGCUGUCAUGUUCUAUCACUCUGUUAGAUGAUCCUGUCAGGUCUAUGUUCCUGCUUGAAGGUGGUUGGAUACUCUAAACAUUAUAUCAACUGCAGUGGACCAGAGACAGAGCUCAGAGAGGUACCAGGUGAAGUCACACAUCAGAGCUACUACUCAACUACUUGUCAGUACAGUUAGAAUCAUACAGUAGAUAUUACCAUUACAAGUCAGUUAGAAAGGUAAUCAUACAGUUAGUUAAGAUGGAUGACUACAUCAACAAAGAGGUUGUUGAAAUUGACAAGGUUAUUGAAGAAAACAAGAAUGGAGCAAUGAGGAGAGUGACGACUGAGACACAUCACUCAGGACCUGACGGUUCAGAGAGAAGACUCUACAGGAUGGUUGCUGUAAGCUUUGGGAUGCUGUGUGUUCUACAAGUCGCUCUCAACAUCUCCCUGCGACUAGAAUCAGACUGUCUGAGUAAAGGGAGAGACCAGCAACAGAAGGAGAAAGAUUUUAUGGAAAAGUUCUCUAAUCCAUGCUGGAACAAGUUUGAAUCCUGUUGGUACUUCCUCUCUACUGAGAGAAAAACCUGGAGUGAGAGCAGAAAGGACUGUCUGGAGAGAGGAGCAGACCUGGUGAUCAUAAACAGCGGAAAGGAACAGAGGUUUCUCUUUGCCCUCAAAAAGAGAGUCUGGAUCGGUCUGACUGACAGAGAGACUGAGGGGUCCUGGAAAUGGGUAGACGGCACACCACUGAACACAAGGUACUGGGGGCGCAACCAGCCUAGUAGUGGUGGUGGUCAAUCAACCUAUCAGGAGAAGGACUGUGUUGAACUAGAUGAUGGACAACAUCAGCCUGAAAAGACAUGGAAUUAUUCAAAUUGUGAUAAUAAACUGGAGUGGAUUUGUGAGCUGUGUAAUAAAUAACCUACUGUAACAACUACCCCCCCCCCCCC